CUCCUCCUCUGAACUUGACUUGCUCCAGAUUUCUGAUCUUCUUUCUCUAGCUACUAUAGUUCAGUACAGUAGUGUUUGUUCUUCUGUUUACAAGAAGAAAAAUGAAUCAGAGAAGGAAACCUUGUGCUGCAUGCAAGUAUCAAAAGAGGAAGUGUCCUGAGGGUUGUCCAUUAGCCCCACACUUUCCUGCCAGUAGAUAUCUGAAGUUCAUGCAUUCCCAUAAGCACUUUAAUGUUAGCAGUGUCACUAAGAUCCUGAGCCAAGUAAAGCCUGACCAGAGAGAAGCAGCCAUUCAGUCUAUGGUGAUGGAGUGCAUGGCAAGGAAGGAUGAUCCUGUGAAAGGUAUUGUAGGUAUCAUUGAAAACCUUCAAUCUCAAAUACAAUCUUGUAAGCGCGAGGUUGCCAUCGUUAAGGAACAGCUAAGGUUCUGCCAACGACGAGACGAACUUAUUCGUAGCCAGCAAAGGGAACGACUAGAACAGUUACAGAGGCAACAGCGAUUCCUAUCCUUCACACCUUCACCAUCCACUUCACCAUUUUUGAAGCUAUGCCCUUAUCAGAUGCCCACUUUACCUAAUUCAGUUAAUAUUGGGCUUCACCGAGGAAUCACUUCUUUCUCAACUCCAGAAGAAGUUAAAGAUGUCAAGCCCUUGAUAAUCCAAAACAGUACUUCUAGGGUGAAUCAAGGAUGCACUAAUCACUCAACUCCACCAGUACUUGAAGAUAUAAAGCCCUUGAUAAACCAAACUAGUACUACGAGGGUGAUGGAAAUCUCUCAACAUACCAAAAGUCAUAACUUCAAAGAUGCUGGAAAAUCUAAGAAUGGAGUAGCUAUUACUAUGAAAGAGUUGAAUCAAGCAUGGACCAAUCCCUCAAUUUCACCAGGAUAUGAAGAUAUCAAACCAUUUCAGGUCAAUACCAAAACUCAUAUUAACAUGAAAGAGGCUGGAGAAUCCAGUGUUGAAGCUAUACCUAAAGAAAAACAGGCAAAUGAUCGGUUCCUGAAGAAGAAUUAAGCAAUGUGGUCAAGGAUUUUUAUAUCACCAACAUGAUCCACCAGAAAGAGAUUUAAUGCAUAAGUAGUCUUGCAGUCUUGCAAUCUCUACAACCAUUACCAUGCUUAGAUGAUGUGUUAAAACAUAUUACAAUUUGUUUUUUCUUUUGUUUUGUUUAAUUUUGAGUUAAACAUUAUGUUAGUUUUAUUUAUCAAAUAGUAUGUUGUUUUAUUUUGUUUCCAUAAAAAUUGUAUGAUACUUCGUAGUUAUGCAUACGCUACAAUGAAAGAGUGCUCAAACGGUUCUUUUA